AUGUUCGGGGUGCCUCCCACGCUUACCCGAGUUCUAAACGCGGCCGAGGAUGCACUCGCGUCGGCAUUGUGCGGCUUUGCGCCCGCUCGGAUUGUGUGGCCGUCACUUACAAGGCAGCGAGCGCUUGCUCAGCUCGUGGCAGCCAAAGAGCCCAUGCUCCAGUUUACCUGGGGGUUCUUAGACGGCAAGAACUACAAGGUGCAGCAGCCACCGGGCCGCGACAUUCAAAACGCCCACUACAACGGAUGGCUGCAUGGUGUCUUUGUAACAGGCACACUAUGCUUCUCGGCGGACGGGCUAAUUGUCUGGGCGAAGCACAACUGUCCAGGCUCGUGGAAUGAUGGCGGCACGAGCCUGGACUUCCGCCGUAAGCUAGCAUCACGAGAGCUAAACCCCGACGACCGCUACGGGGUAGUUGCAGACAGCGCUUUCCCGUGUAGCGCUGGAAUGACCGGCAAAAUUCUUACGCCCUUGAAGGAGGGUGACGCGAGUCGUCUGGUGCCUUCCGUUCGUGCAGCAGCAAAGGCGUUAUCAGGAGCAAUAACAUCUAUCCGCCAAAGCGCAGAGUGGGGAAUGGGCUCGAUAGAAAAGGUGUAUCAUCGUCUGGUGAUUCCGCUGCCUUUCGAUAAGAACAAGCGCCAACAGCGCCUGGACAACAUAUUUCGGCUUGCCAAUUACAGGGUGCGUACUGUUGGCAUCAGCAAGAUACGGACCACCUUCGUUCGUGGCAACGAUGACAGGAGAUACAACAAUCUGCACUAA